UGCCAGUUAGCACAGGCUGCUCGGGAGCGCACAGAGGAGCGCCGGGCUCCAGGAGCGCAGGAGGCUUGGGCGGGUCGUGUCCCUGGCCCUGGGCCCCAAGGGCCCGAGGGUGCGAUGCUGGCUGUGUCGCUCAAGUGGCGGCUGGGCGUGGUGAGGCGGCGUCCCAAAGACGACGGGCCUUACUGCAAAGGAGGCAAGGAUGUAGGAGGGACCGAUGUGGCCCUGGCAUGCCGCAGACAGAGCAUUCCAGAGGAGUUCUGCGGGGUCACCGUGGUGGAGCUGAUCAAGAAGGAGGGCAGCACGCUGGGCCUGACCAUCUCAGGUGGCACCGACAAGGAUGGGAAGCCCAGGGUCUCCAACCUGAGACCGGGGGGGCUCGCCGCCAGGAGUGACCUGCUGAACGUGGGCGACUAUAUUCGGUCAGUGAAUGGGAUCCAUCUGACCAGGCUCCGCCAUGAUGAGAUCAUCACCCUGCUCAAGAAUGUGGGCGAGCGCGUGGUGCUGGAGGUGGAGUAUGAGCUGCCCCCGCCUGCCCCUGAGAACAACGCAGGGAUCACCACAAAGACAGCGGACGUCUCCCUGUACAAAGAGGGCAAUAGCUUUGGCUUUGUCCUCAGAGGGGGUGCCCAUGAAGAUGUACACAAGUCCCGCCCACUUGUCCUGACCUACGUCCGGCCUGGCGGCCCUGCUGACAGGGAGGGCUCCUUGAAGGUGGGGGACAGGCUGCUCAGCGUUGAUGGGAUCCCGCUGUAUGGGGCCAGCCAUGCCACUGCCCUGGCCACGCUGCAGCAGUGCAGCCAUGAGGCACUCUUCCAAGUGGAGUACGAUGUGGCCAUCCCAGAUACGGUGGCCAAUGCUUCGGGGCCCUUGGUAGUGGAGAUAACUAAGACGCCUGGGUCAGCCCUGGGGAUCUCGCUCACCACCGGCUCCCACCGGAACAAGCCAGUCAUCACCAUUGACCGCAUCAAGCCGGCCAGCGUGGUGGACAGGAGUGGGGCCCUGCAUGCUGGAGACCACAUCCUGUCCAUCGACGGCACCAGCACGGAACACUGCUCGCUGCUUGAGGCCACCAAGCUCCUGGCCAGUGUGGCGGAGAAAGUGCGGCUGGAGAUCCUGCCUGCACCCCAAAGUCGGAGGCCCCUGAAGCCCUCAGAGGCAGUGAAGGUGCAGAGGAGUGAGCAACCACACCGCUGGGACCCCUGCGUGCUCUCCUGUCACAGCCCCCGGCCCGGCCACUGCAGGACGCCCACCUGGGCCACACCUGCUGGCCAGGACCAGAGCCGAUCCUUGUCCUCGACUCCCUUUUCCUCGCCGACCAUGAAUCAUGCCUUUCCCUGCACCAACCCCAGCACCCUUCCCCGUGGAUCCCACCCCAUGAGCCCCCGGACCACAAUGGGGCGGAGGAGGCAGCGAAGAAAGGAACACAAGAGCUCAUUGUCACUGGCCUCCAGCACGGUGGGGCCUGGGGGACAGAUUGUGCACACGGAGACCACAGAGGUCGUGCUCUGCGGAGACCCCCUCAGCGGCUUUGGCCUCCAGCUCCAGGGAGGCAUCUUCGCCACCGAGACCCUGUCCUCCCCUCCCCUCGUGCGCUUCAUCGAGCCCGACAGCCCGGCGGAGAGGUGCGGGCUGCUGCAGGUGGGGGAUCGGGUCCUGUCCAUCAACGGUAUUGCCACCGAGGACGGGACGAUGGAGGAAGCCAACCAGCUGCUGCGGGACGCGGCGCUGGCCCACAAGGUCGUGUUGGAGGUUGAGUUUGACGUGGCAGAGUCCGUCAUCCCAAGCAGCGGCACCUUCCACGUGAAACUGCCCAAGAGGCGCGGUGUGGAGCUGGGCAUCACCAUCGGCUCGACCAGCAGGAAGCGAGGAGAGCCCCCAAUCAUCUCUGACAUCAAGAAGGGCAGUGUGGCACACAGGACCGGCACCCUCGAGCCAGGCGACAAGCUGCUGGCCAUUGACAAUAUCCGCUUGGACAACUGCCCCAUGGAGGACGCCGUGCAGAUCCUGAGGCAGUGCGAGGACCUGGUGAAGCUGAAGAUCCGGAAGGAUGAGGACAACUCUGACGAGCAGGAGACCACAGGUGCCAUCAGCUACACAGUGGAACUGAAACGUUAUGGGGGUCCCCUGGGCAUCACCAUCUCGGGCACAGAGGAGCCUUUUGACCCCAUUGUCAUCUCAGGCCUCACCAAGCGCGGUCUGGCUGAGAGGACUGGCGCUAUCCAUGUUGGCGAUCGUAUCCUGGCCAUCAACAGCGUUAGCCUCAAGGGCCGGCCUCUGAGUGAGGCCAUCCACCUCUUGCAGGUGGCUGGCGAGACUGUCACACUGAAGAUCAAGAAGCAGCUAGACCGCCCCCUCCCGCGCCGCAAGUCGGGCAGCCUCAGCGAGGCCAGCGAUGCAGAUAAGGACCCAGCAGAGGCCCUCGAAGGAGGCCCGCCGGCAGCCUGGUUCUCACCCGCGGUGCCCAGUGUGGACAGCGCUGUGGAGUCCUGGGACAGCUCGGCCACGGAGGGUGGAUUCGGGGGCCCAGGUUCCUACACUCCACAGGCAGUGGCUCGGGGUGUGACCCCCCAGGAGUGGCGGCCCAGCCGGCUGAGAAGCAGCCCCCCACCCACUGAGCCCCGGAGGACAAGCUAUACCCCGGCCACCACAGACGAGAGCUUCCCUGAGGAGGAGGAAGAAGAGGAUUGGGAGUCACGGACUAGCCCAGCCCCCGGCCCUGCCCGUGAGGAGGGCUUCUGGCGCAUGUUCGGGGAAGCGCUCGAAGACCUGGAGUCAUGUGGUCAGUCAGAGCUGCUGAGGGAACUGGAGGCGUCCAUCAUGACGGGCACAGUGCAGAGCGUGGCCCUCGAGGGCAGGCCCGGCCACCGGCCCUGGCGGAGGGGCCAGGAGGUACGAGCGUCCACUGAGGAAAUGCAGGAGCUGCUGCAGCUGACACCCUUGGAGAUGCACAAGGUGACCCUGCACAAGGACCCCUUGCGGAACGACUUUGGUUUUAGCGUCUCUGAUGGCCUCCUGGAGAAGGGCGUCUAUGUCCACACUGUGCGCCCUGAUGGGCCCGCCCAACGUGGGGGCCUCCGGCCCUUCGACAGGGUCCUUCAGAUUUACCCUGUAUCUGGGCUGGGGCCGGACCCACACUUGAGGACAUCUCACGAUUCCUACCGACUUCAGCUCGGCUCAGCUGAGGCCCGUCUGUCCCCUUGGCUGUGUUCCCUGCAGGUCAACCACGUUCGCACGCGGGACUUUGACUGCUGCCUGGCCGUGCCGCUCCUGGCGGAGGCAGGCGAUGUGCUGGCACUGGUCAUCAGCCGCAACCCGCUGGCACAGAGCAGCCGAGCCCCACGAGCACCAGGCCCCAGCAGCCCCCGGAUGCUUUGAAGUCAGCACGUGGUCUGGACACCCCAGGGGCCGCCUGAGUAGGUCCUGGCCCCCAGACCUGUAGCUGGGCUGGACACCUGACCACUCACUCAUCCAUCUGUCCGUCUGGCAGGCCCUGAGCCAUGGACCGAAGUCUGUCUCUAUUCUCCGGUUCUGUGGUGCCUGGAGUACCAGGCAGUGAGGUCCCUGCCCCAGCUGGAGUGACAUCUAGGUCUUUCUCCACGUUGGGAUUCCAAGAUGUCCAGAGGAGCCCCAUUCAGUAGGGGUUGAGGCAGGCUGCUCAGCUGGGAGAAGAGGGGCCUAGGAGCUAGGGAGCCCAGGUCAGUGGGAGUGCUUUCUCCCAGCAGAGCUAUGGAGUUGCCAGGGAGUAAUGAGCUCCCUGUCACAGGAGGUGAACAAGUGGGAACUGGAUACCCCCAGUACAGUCAUGGAUGGAGAUGUGAGGCAUCCGGGCAAUGGGUCCACACAGGCUCAGGUAGUUAGUUUCCCCACAGGGGGAGCAUUUAGGGUGCAGCGGGGGGGCACUUUUUCUGGACAGCCUCCCACCAAGAGGGAUGCCACUCAGGGUGGGAGCCUAGCCCCUUCCCUUCCCCAGAAUUCUGGUGUUUGGGGCUUGCUGGCAUCCGCACUUACGAGGCUCUGGAGCUGGGAUGGCUGAAUCCCGGGAAACAUGGGCUUGUUGAGUCUGAAAGUGAGUGAUUCUUUCAUUUCGGCAUCUCUGGUCUGAAGCCUCCGGGAUCUGAGAUCCGCGGUUCUGGGCCCUGUGGGCCAGCUCGGUGUCCGGUUUUGGGCCCUCGGCCCCUCCUGUUUCUUUUGUAGAAGGUGCAGGAACAGAUCCAUGUGAAUACACCCCUCUCAGGCCAGGCCCCUCACGGUGGGAGGGAGUCACCUGGGACAGAAGACCCAGGCGUGUUCAUUCACCUGCCAUUUCCGGGCAGGUGGGAAAACCGUAGAAGCAUCAGAUGUAGGAUGAUACAGCUCCUCUUCGAUCUCCCAGUCCGUGAAGGAGGAGAGGCAGGGAAAGGGAGGGACAGAGACAGAGGCAGGCAGGCAGGAGAGAGAUGGGCCGUUCUCUCUCAUGGCCAGAGUUGACAGUGUCCAAAGGGGUCAUUUAAGGAAGUAUAUUCCCACUGGAAAUUGGGAAGCACCAGCAUCCCUUAAAGUCAUUGUCCUCAUUUUCCACAGACCAGAAACCCUUUUGAUUUGAAAAGGGCACGGGCCUUCACUUGGUGGUCUGAGCUGCAGCCCAGGGAUGGAGGUGGGCAGGCAGGAUUCAGUCUUGUCUGGGGAUUUGCUUUGCUCUUAAUGGGGGUCUCAGGAAAAUGGGGCACCCGCUCCCAGCUGCGUCCUCCAUGCUUCCGUCCCGUGGAGGCCCCCCAAAUGCUCUUCCACUCGAGGGACAAGAUGGGGAGUAAACAGGCUUAUUCUUUUUGCUCUGGGUUGCUGCUUGGUUGCUGUGACCCCCUCCGGAUCUGACCCUCUCUGGAUAAUCGAGGGGUGGAUAGUCUCUGAGCAGGUACGGGCCUCCCUGUCACGGCCAGAACCAUGCCCACUGGGCACCCUGCCCACACUCUCCCUGAGGGCCUGCAUUCCCUCCUCUCCCUCCACUUCCCCACACCCUGCUUCUCCCUGCCUUCCCUGGAGAGCCCUUCAUGCCAGGGCUGGACUGCCCAUCGCCUCUGUUAUAUUGGAUUCCUGUGUAAACACCGGCCCCAGGGUGAAAGGGCACUGCCCACCCAUCACAGGGGCACUGAGCAAAAGCCAAGAGCCCUCAGCUUGGGGGGGCUAGGGGCUGGCAGAGCAGAGACAUGGCCAUGGCAGCCGCAGCUGUGAGAGCUUAGGCAAACUGCCCAGCCUGUCUGGGCCUCUGUCAAGUGACAGGGCUGGACAGGCCAUACUCCCAGGGCCCCUCGGCCCGGGAGAGCUGCGUUAGGCUGCAGGUGAGGGAAGCAGCAGCCCCUCCCCAACCAGUGCCCCCCUGCCUCCUGCGGCUGAGGCCUCUGCCAUCCCCCAGACGUAUGCAACCAGGCCCGGCAGGUGGCCCCUGGCCGUGGCCAGCCUUCUCAUAUGCAAUAUUUCUUCUGGCUUCUCAUGGGGAUCAUAGAUCCCGGACUUGACAUUUCCUGAUACCCGUCCCCGGUGAGCGUCCUGCCUGCCUAUGCAUUUUGGGUAUAGCUCCUGUGACCUGCCCCUUCCACCCCCCAAAGCUGUAUUUUUCUCUGGCUGAGAUUAGAGCAUAUUCCUUGUAAAGUAUUUUUCUACAUGGGGUUUUCUUAGGGCUCUCGGGAAGCACAUGCCAAGGGGCUGCGUUGCAAAGGCCAUUUGGGGUCUGUUUGGGGCCCGUGUAUAAAUCUGUUCUGCCAGGGGUUGCAGUGACUUAGGAGCUGGGGGUGGGAUGCUAUUGGGAUGAUUUUUUAAAAUAAAAUUAUUUAAAUGCAAAUAGACUGUGGUGUCUGCUUUUUUUUUUCUUUUUUAAAAUCAUAGGCUGGCAAUGGUCAGCUUCUGUUUGGAUCUUAUGACAUCUUCCCUGCUUUUAAUUAAUUCAUCCAUUCUCAAGGUCUGCCUGGGCUAUGCAUCAUUCUAGCAUGAACAGGACAGAUGAGGUCCGUCUGCAUGUCACUUAGAUUCUAGUGGAAGACAGACCGUGAACAAAGAAGCAAAUCGUAAAGAAUUAUUUCAGGAGGUAAACAGUGCAGUGAAAAAAACCCAGUCACGGGGAUAGAGUGUGGGGUGAGAGCCUUAGCCCUAGGGCUCAGGAAGGACUUCUCUGAAAAGGUGGUAUUUGGGCUGAGACCUUAAAGACAGGAGGCCACCCUGUGGAGACCGGGAAGAAGUGCCCCAGGCAGAGGGCACAGCAAGUGCAAAGGCUCUGAGAUGGGAAUGCGCAUGUGGGGUCAAGGAAGAGAAAGGAGGCCCGGAAGCAGAGUGGGGAGACCAGGCUGGAGGUCUGCAGGGCCCAAUGGUAAGG